GGUCAUAUAAAGCGCAUGCGCAAAGCGCGGCCCCUCUCACACAGCCACGUCCCGUACACCGGUCUAAUCAUGCAGCGCUUGGUUGUGGCCGCUCUGUCCCUGCUGCUCGCUGUCCGUGCCGACAUCGCCGAGGAAGGCGAUGUGCUUGUACUCAAGAAGACCAACUUUGAGGAGGCGCUCACGGCGCACAAAUACGUUCUAGUGGAGUUCUAUGCUCCAUGGUGUGGACAUUGCAAGGCUCUUGCUCCUGAGUAUGAGAAAGCUGCUGGCCUACUGAAAUCUGAAGGUUCAGACAUACGGUUAGCCAAGGUAGAUGCUACUGAAGAAGCAGAACUAGCCCAGCAGUUUGGUGUCAGAGGCUACCCUACAAUCAAAUUCUUCAAGAAUGGAGACAAGUCUUCACCCAAGGAAUACUCAGCUGGAAGAGAGGCUGCAGACAUUGUUAACUGGUUGAAAAAGAGGACUGGACCAGCAGCUGCCACUCUAGAUGAUGAUGCAGCUGUUUCAGCUCUGGUUGAUGCCAGUGAGGUGGCAGUUAUUGGCUUUAUUAAGGAUAAAGAAUCUGACCUGGCCAAAACAUUCUUGGAAGCAGCUGAAGCUGUGGAUGACAUUCCAUUUGGUGUAACCUCCAGUGAUUCUGCUUUCUCUAAAUAUGAAGUUACCAAGGACAGCAUUGUCCUAUUUAAGAAGUUUGAUGAAGGGCGAAAUGACUUUGAUGGUGAGAUCAAAAAAGAGAAUAUUCUGGGCUUCAUUAAAGCUAAUCAGCUACCUCUUGUGAUAGAGUUCACAGAACAGACUGCACCAAAAAUCUUUGGAGGAGAGAUUAAGACUCACAUCUUGUUCUUCUUGCCAAAAAGUGCCUCUGACUACCAAGACAAAUUGGACAAUUUUAAGAAAGCAGCAGCAAAUUUCAAGGGGAAGAUCCUCUUCAUCUUUAUUGAUAGUGAUCACACAGACAACCAGCGCAUAUUGGAGUUCUUUGGCUUGAAGAAGGAAGAAUGCCCAGCUGUCCGACUUAUCACUCUAGAAGAGGAAAUGACAAAGUACAAACCAGAGUCGUCUGACCUAUCUGCUGAAAAGAUCACUGAAUUCUGCAGCCUCUUCCUGGAGGGCAAGAUAAAGCCUCAUUUGAUGAGCCAGGAUAUUCCUGCUGAUUGGGACAAGACUCCUGUUAAAGUCCUGGUUGGAAAGAACUUUGAAGAAGUUGUAUUUGAUGAGAAGAAGAAUGUAUUUGUAGAGUUCUAUGCUCCAUGGUGUGGUCACUGCAAACAGCUGGCUCCUAUUUGGGACCAACUUGGGGAGAAGUUCAAAGAUCAUGAAAAUGUAGUCAUUGCUAAGAUGGACUCAACAGCUAACGAGAUUGAAGCCGUAAAAAUUCAUAGCUUCCCCACACUGAAAUUUUUCCCAGCUGGAACAGAGAAAAAAGUGGUUGAUUAUAAUGGUGAGAGGACGCUAGAAGGAUUCACAAAGUUUUUGGAGAGUGGUGGAGAGGAGGGAGCUGCUGAUGAGGAUUUGGAGGACUUGGAAGAAGCUGAAGAGCCAGAAUUGGAAGAUGAAGAUGACCAACUUAAGAAAGAUGAAUUAUAAGAGACUUAAUUUUCACAAACCAGAAAACACUAAGUGUGUGAGGAAGCAGGAUGGGAAUGUUUUAAAUGUCAGAGCUCUGAAAAUCCAGGGAAAACUAAUUUUUCAUAAAUAUUGUGGGCAAAGGGUGCUUAAACAUUGUUUAAUGGUCAGCAAAAUUUAUUUUUCACUGAGUUUUUUUUAACAUGUAUUUUUCAGUAAUUUUGUUUAUUUUGAUGUAAAGUGCUGCACUUUGUUUUAUUGCUUCUUGGAUUGUCUUGUCUCCCUAAUUCUUUGUGAGCUUUAAACUACUGGUGGAACAAAAGUCCUUGCAUGGCUGGUGCCCUAAAUAAAGGGAUGUGAACAUACAUCCAUGUAACCAUACUACCAUGUUCCCUUAACGGUUUUAUGUAACCACCUAGAGAUCCCUCCUGCGCUCCUCAUGAUCUCCCACACUGCCCUCUAGUGCUCAGUGAGCAUCAUUUUGGUGCAGUCUUCAGUAUUUUACUCAGUGGGGGAAGGAUAAAAGCCCUCCUGUUUAUACAGCAAGUACCAUCGUCACAAGUAUAUAGAAUGCCUUAUUGCAGUGUUCUGGUACCCACCGAUCGCUUGUGGUACAACAAUGUAUAAAUCUGUUCCCAGUGCUGUGAAAGUCUAUUCUGAGAAUGCAGCCAAUGACACGUUUGUCUCUGUAUGGGGAGGUUUACGCUUAAUCAAUGAUUCCAGAAAUGUUCAACCAUAUUUAAGUGGAACCUGAAGUGUUGGCCAAAUAAAAUUUAAUUUUAAUAAA